AUGGCUGCCACCAGGAUCUUGUCUUGGAUGGUGAUGGUAAUUCUUCACAUUCAGGUGGAUGCAGUAACAAUAGUUCCCACAACAACUACUGACUACACGACUCAAACAACACGUCCCCCAACAACUACUGCCCCCACGACUUUUCCAAUCAUAGCUGAUGAGAUCCACCUGAGGCUGAGCGGUGGGCCCAACUGGUGUGCAGGCAAUGUGGAGAUCUACUACUUUGGAGGCUGGGAGAAGGUGUGUGGCUACCUGUGGGACAUGCAGGACGCCCAGGUGGUGUGCAGGCAGCUGGGCUGUGGCUUCCCUCUCGCAAUCAUGCACCCCUUCCCUCCGGGCAACUUGAACUCAUAUGUGUUUACUGAGGUGAACUGUACUGGCAGCGAGAACUUCCUGUGGCACUGCCCCUACAAAUACCAACACAAUGCCUGUUACCAUGGAAUUGCUUCUGUCGUAUGCUCAGACUCGGGAAUAACAGUGACUCCAGCAACAGCACCAGCUGUCUCCAGAAUGAUGCCCACCACGCCGUGGAAUGCAACAGGGAACUUCUCCUGUGGUGGCUUACUUCAGGGAUUGUCUGGCACCAUCCAGAGCCCGGGAUACCCCAACCCCUACCCUGACAACUCCUACUGCGUGUGGCGCAUCCGGCUGCGGGACCCGGCCCGCAGGAUCCAGCUCCAGUUUACGGACGUGGAGUGA